GUACGGCAUCAACAACGGCAAGUGCAGGGCCCUGCGAAACAACCACCGCUCGUGGAAGAUCACCACCAUCACAUUCCCCAUCUUCCAGCACCUGCUGAGGAAGCUCCACGAGAGACGAGAACAACGCGCAGCAAAACCACUACUUCGCAGAAACACAUUGCCUGCCCGGGUCUUGGCGGCCGCAGACAUUGACAAGGCCAUCCGCAUAAUGAACACCACGCGCUUCGGCAACCCCGACCGCUUCAAAGACCGGGUGAGCGUGGAAAUCCAGGGAGCUCUACGGCGAGUCAGGGAUCCGAGCACACAGGCGGCAGUAUGUAUCGGUGUCCGGUAUCGCCAAAGCCCGCGGGGCCUCGCAGCGCACCUCGGGACCACCAGCUUGGAUGACAUCGGGGCUGCUUUAACCCACACCAAGCGAGGCUUCCGGACCUACCGCCAGACCGGCCUCUCGGACAAGCAGUUGGCCAUCGGCCUGUCGGCCGCCUCUGCUGCGUGCGCCGCCCGCCGCCCGUUCUCCGACUGGGCGGCGUUGGAGAACGAGAUAGCGAAGCAGAUGCGAAAGUAUUGUCGGGGGCGCGGCCGGGAAUACUUCUCGGCUCGGCAGGCGGCCGCUGACUUGACCCAGGUGCCAGGAUGGGUGAACGGCCUCGGGCCCGGCUCCCGCCCCGCCACAUCGCGCGCCGGCCCCGGAGCCCAGGCUGGCCAUUAUUUGGCCGAGGCCGCCGCCGGCAAGAGGACGAAGCACGCCCCGCGCUUCAUGAACUACACGGAGCAAACGGAGAAGUGUGAAUACAGCAAACUCAUCUGCCGGCUGACCUUCCCCGCGGCCACGGCCGCCGCGACGUACACGCCGACGCCCAAUUAG